GAAUUUCUCAUAGAAAUGGCUGAAGAUAUCCACCAUUUUUGUGCCAGUGACCCAGGGAAUCCCUUCCCAUCACUCUCCCGUCCCGUGUUGAAGUUUACUUCAAUUCAAAGCUCAACUUCGACACCAAACGAAUCCACGUUCUUCUCUCUCUUCAUAAAUUUGCUAUCUAAAUCACUAUGCCCCCUGGUUAUUGUCAAUAAUAUGUUCGAUCCUGGGGACGUGUUCGCUUUUGAUAGCUCUGGGAUUCCAUGGCUGAUUUGGAUUCAGCUGGUCGUUCUGUUUCUCCUCAUCGCUCUUCUUUAUUGCUUCACCGUCUUCGCUUUGGAUUCCUCCGACGAUGCCUCCACCAUCGCAGCCACCGAGGGUCCCACCACUACUGAAUCUGCAUCUACCAGUCGCUUACUUUUCGAUGAUAUUCGACCGGCAGAUAAACCUAGUGCUGCUGUUAAGCACGAUUCCGCGGCCACUACCUUCGUAAUCAACCGCAGACAGAAUACACCGGGGGGAGAAAAUCGAAGUAUAAAAGGUGAGGUAUCAGCAGGAACAACCAGAAGGAUAGUGAGCGGAGAAGAAUUUGCAGAGAGGGAGGGUUCGUCCAGUUUCCACCCAUGCCAUUUUUUCCAGUUAGCUAGGGUUGCCUUUCUCAAAUGUAUGGGUCUUGACCCUACAUCUGAUAGCCCUCCUACCCAAAAACGCAGAAAACCAAAACGAAGCUGAUUUUCACUUUUAUAUGUUGUCAUCAUUGAAUCAUCCCAGAAAUUUAGCAACUUGAUUAGCAUCAAUUUUAUUUUGUGCCCUGUCUAAUCUUCCUACUCCUGCUCCGUUCCGAAUUUCCCAUUUAUGGUCUCACGCUCUCAUCAUGAUUUAAGGCCAUGGCAAGAAUCUGAAGAACAGAGGUUAGACUUUUGAUAAAAAGCAAGGGUUGGACUGGUGUUAUGAUAUUCAACAUAUUGGUGCUCAGGAUAUUGGGGCUCCCCGCCUCCCCUCUCUCAAUUAAAGGACGGUGAAUUUUCGGCAGGAUAAACUGACAAUUGAAUGAAUGUAAGAGACAAAAUUUACGAAAAUAUUGGAGCUUGUGUACAAUUCUUAAUUGUUUUAUCUUAACAGGCCCUCUAACUA